AUGUCUGUGGAAACUUCAGCCACAUUCUCUCUUCUCCUGAUCAUUAUCUCAUUGACAGUGGCCCAGGACUGCUCCCAGCCCUGUACCUGCCCUACAGAGCCCCCACUCUGCCCGUUGGGGACCAGUCUGGUCCUGGAUGACUGUGGCUGCUGUAAGGUGUGUGCCAGGCAGCUGGGGGAGCCCUGCUCCCUGCUGGAGCCCUGCGACCAUCACAAGGAACUCUACUGUGACUAUGCUCUGCUGAGUGACACUGAGAUUGGCAUCUGCAUGGCUCAGGAGGGUCAGACAUGCGACCUGGGGGGUGUGAUCUACCGCAGCGGGGAGUCCUUCCAGCCCAGCUGUAAGCACAACUGUGUGUGUAUGAACGGAGAGAUUGGCUGUGUGCCAAUGUGUGCCAGUGACAUCCGGCAGCCCUCCUUUGACUGCCCGUACCCACACCGUAUCCAGAUCCCUGGGAAAUGCUGUGAGGAGUGGGUGUGUGAGCAGACACCUCAGGACCACCACUACCAGUCAGUGAUUGCUGGAGCCUCUCAGAUACACCCCUUGCCCUCUUCAAAUCCUGUCUCAGUAUUGAGACAGGUGUUUCCCCACAGACCGCUAGCAGAGAGUCCCAGAGAUAAUUGUAUAGUCCAGACUACAGAAUGGAGUGAGUGCUCGGCCACCUGUGGCAUGGCCGUCUCAUCCCGUAUCACCAACGACAACCAGGGCUGCCAGCUGGAGAGGCAGACCAGGAUCUGCAUGGUCCGACCCUGCAAUAGCCAACAGGAGAAAGAAAUCAAGAAGGGUAAGAAAUGUGUCCGGACACCAAAGGCCCAGCGAGGGAUGCGCUUGGAGCUGUCGGGCUGCUCCAGCACCAGGCUGUACAAACCAAAGUUCUGCGGUGUCUGCACAGACAAUCGCUGCUGCAUGCCUCUAACCACCAUCACAGCAGAGGUGGAAUUUCAUUGUCCAGAGGGAGACGUCUUCACGAAGAAGAUGAUGUUCAUCAAGACCUGCUCCUGCCGUCAUGACUGUCCUCAAGAUAAUGACAUCUUCCUGGCAUCCAACUCUCGGAAGAUGAUCGGGGACUAUGAUAACGAUAUGUGAUGGGGGUUAUGCACACACACAUUCACUCAUAUAAAUCAGGACUGCACCAUUCUAACCACCAACCCUACCCUCUGGUUUAGCCUAUCAUUAGUGGAUGUUAAGAUGCAGGUCAAAUGUCACCAGACCUUCUGACCAGUCUGCCAACAAAGGUACAUAUGUAAUUUGGUAGACGGACACACUGACAUAGAAAUGUAUAGAAACAUACCAGAUCUUACAAUUAGUUUUUUCUCUGCAUCAAAAGACAAACCCCACAUAGGGCAGCUACUGCUUAUGCAUCUUGGUACGCAGGGUUUGGCGACAGUACCCCAGAAUCAAAGAAAAACCGCCGGUUUAGUUCAACAAUUAUACAGAGAAAUGUAUUAUGAAGAGACAAAGAUAAAUGUGCGUAAUGAAAUCAUACAAGCUCAAAGAUCCACUUUCUAGUCUUCUGUAACAGCAUGAUAGCAAGUGACUGUACAUAUUGGGGGGAGAUCAUAACUUGUCUGUUCAGAAAUGGUCUUUGGCAUCAGUGAACAGCCACAGAAAGAUCGAAGAGGACAUUCACAUCUGACUCCAGAGAUCUUUGAUCAGGGACAGGGGUUACAUCUCCAAACAUAUAAAGUACAACCAACUGUACUUAGGUUCACAUGAUGACAACUGAGCCAGCUCUAGCCACUGAGGAGAGUGUUAAGAAGCAGUUAAAACUCUGAAAAGCUAGUAAGUGGAACUUUGAUCUUAGAUUAUUGUGUUGCACAUACUGUUUCAGAUUCAAAAUGAAUCUCCAUGCUCAAAGAUAAAUAUGUCUUCACUAACAACAGACGAGGAUACAAUGUAGCCAUGUUGUAUGGUAUUCUAUUGCAUAGAAUUCAUCAUGUUGAGUAAGUGGACAUGGCUGCAGUUGUAGAUACUCAAAUAUUCACAAAUGAAAGAGAAGAGCCUGAUUUUCUUCAAAGAUUUAUAUAUUAAUCAUGUCCAAAGUUUAUCAUUACUGCCUAUGUCAUUUCCAUCCUUGUAAAGGUCCAGUUAUGAAAGGAGUCAUCCAGUUUUAUUUUGACUGAAUCUUCUGCCCAAAUUUGAGAUUAGAUAUCUGGUUUCACUUGCACUCCAACCAUGUACAUCAGUGCUCCUCUCCUUGUUUGUUCAAGUGUUAGCAAGGUUUGCUUUCAACAGGACAACCACGUCCUUGUCAGGAACACAUCAGGCCACAUUAGUGUUUACACUCCAAAAGAUGUGUGGUCAAACGCAUCCCAGACCACCUCAGUGAGAUGUUUGAGUGAUCUGAUCACAAUGCGUCUAGCUAUAUAUUAAAAUGUCUAUAUGACAAAACAGGUUGAGGCAAAGCGGGUACACCAAUGAAUUGGUAUAUUAUCACAACAUUUAAUCAAAAAAUACUUCCUGAAAUAUACAGAACAUGACAAACUGGGGGAAUCUAGUUCCCUGGCAGCUACAGGAAUGCUACUGGAGAAACUGGCCACUCUGAGAUGAGAUACACGUGGGAUACAUCUUGACAUAAAAUAUUUGCAUUACUUUUUUAUGUAUUACAUAUUUCUGAAACUAAUGACAAUAGAGGACUCCUUGGUAGGUGUAUUUUAACAUGUUAUCAUGCAUCUAGUCUUUCUUUAGUCAUUCUGACAGUGACGUGCAUCCUCAGAGGCUGGAGGUUGAUUGCUAACUGCUGAUUAGUCUAGUUCAGUGUCCUUUGUCUUUUCACAUAGUUUUCCAUUCUGAUGGAACGGUCUGAAGACCACCGGAGGGAAGAAAAAUGUGUAAAAUUGCUGUUACUUCUAUUAUUUACUAUAUAUUUUUAUAAAGAAAAGAAGGAUGGAAAAAUUUAGCAUUUGGUAAAUAUAGCUUGUGU